ACAUACAUACUACUUUAGCACCUUUCUCUCUCCACCAGUCCCUUUACCCUUAUCUUUUCUUUUCCCUCUCCCUCUCUCUCUCUCUCUCUAAAAGCCCAAUUCCUUAGUAUAGCCAUUGCUUGCUUCUCUGUCUCUCUCAUCAUCAUCAUCAUCAUCAUCAUCAUCUUCCUUGUCCCCUCUCCCUCUCCCUCUCCCUCCUUGUCUCCUUUCUUAGUUAUAUACCACCACCACCACCACCGCCACCACCCUCCUCCUCAUCACCACCACUACCACCAUUAUCCAUCACAAUCAAAUUCAAACCCUAAUCUCUCUUUAAUCCAUUGACACCCAUCUCACUCCACUUUCUCUUCCCUCCACACUCUCUCCCAAAUUCACAUUGUUGUAAUCUGUAAAAAAUAAAAAAUAUAAAAAAAUACAAAAGAAGAAAUGUUUUCAACUCCAUUCGUUCUCUCCUUCGCUCUAUUACUCUCUCUCCCUCUCUUAUUCCUAUUCGCCCCCAGAUUCCUCCCUCCCAAACACGUCCAAAUCUCCCUCCCCGACGAGCUCGACGACCUUGCCCUCUUCCGCCGCGCAACCCUCUCCUCCUCCUCCUCUCUCCUCCACCACCACCACCACCACCACCACUACCACGCCGUCUCCCGCCUCGGCACUACCAACCCUAAGCCCAAAAUCGCCUUCCUCUUCCUCACCAACACCGAUCUCCACUUCGCCCCUCUCUGGGAACUCUUCUUCCAGGACCACAAACCCCUCUUCAACAUCUACAUCCACGCCGAUCCCUCCGCCAAACUCACCAUCCCUCCCGGCAGCGUCUUCGAAAAUCGCUUCAUCGCCGCCAGAAAAACCGAACGCGCCUCCCCAACCCUAAUCUCAGCCGCGCGCCGCCUCCUCGCCACCGCCCUCCUCGACGACCCCCUCAAUUCCUACUUCGCAAUCAUCUCCCAACACUGCAUUCCUCUCCAUUCAUUCCAAUUCGCCUACCGCACAUUGUUAUCUUCGCCGCAAAUCUCCACCGAGUCACCGCCCGAGUUGACUCAGUUCAAUUACCCAACCAGCUUCAUCGAGAUCCUCUCCGGCGAGCCCCAGCUGUGGGACCGCUACACUGCCCGGGGCGAGAAUGUGAUGCUGCCCGAGGUAUCCUUCGAGCGGUUCCGGGUCGGGUCACAGUUUUUUGUACUGGCCCGGAGGCACGCACUGUUGGUGAUCAAGGAUAGGAGGCUUUGGAGGAAGUUUAGAUUGCCUUGUCUCAACACCCAGUCUUGUUACCCGGAAGAGCACUAUUUUCCGACCCUUUUGUCCAUGGAGGAUCCGAAUGGGUGUAGCCACUACACACUCACUAGGGUCAAUUGGACCGAUAGUUUUGAUGGGCACCCGCAUGUGUACCACCCGCCCGAGAUUUCUUCGAAUCUAAUUCAUGAGCUCCGGGUUUCGAACUCGACUUAUUCCUACUUGUUUGCCCGAAAAUUCUCCCCGGAUUGCUUGAAACCCCUGUUGGAUUUAGCCAGUGAAGUCAUCUUCCGGGACUAAAACGGGUCGGGUGGCAUGGGGAAUCUUGUCUCUUUCUUACGCAUUGGGAAUUGAGAAAAAAAACAAAAGUAAAAGUUUUUAAUUGCCGGAGUGUAAUAAGUGGCCCAGCCCAAAUAGAAGCCCCAAUCCGAGCUCCAGGUGCAUGUGAUUUGGCGGUGCGUAGCAGUUGGAUGGUUUUUGUCUGUAUAGUUGAGUUGUUGUUGAUCAACGGUGUGUGAUUAGCGUAAAAUGUGAGUCCACGAAUGGGUGGACGGUCAGGAUGGAGAGCUUAGAGUGGAGUUUAAAAAAAGGCCAAAAAAAAAAAAAAGAAAAAAAAAGCAGUAACAAAAGUCCAAAGGGCUCAUUGCUUUAUUCCCUUUUAUUUUUAAUUUUUUUUGGUUGAAAUUUUAUAAAAGAAUCUCUCCCAUUUGCUC